UAUGAAUACUCGCAACAACAACCGUAACCGUCAGCCAUCCCCGACUCCUUCCCCGCCUCGUCGUCAUCAUCAGGCCCCUCUGGCCAUGGACCUCACUCAGCUUAUCGUCCAGCUUCAGAGAAUGAAUGCACCCACUUUUGCGGGGACUGAGAACCCCACAGCGGCGCUGGAGUGGAUGAAAGAGCUGGAUAAGAUUUUUGCGGUACUUCCCCUCCCUGACUGCCAGCGAGUGUCCCUAGCAGCUUAUCAGAUGAAGGAGGACGCCUCUGACUGGUGGAUUGACCACUGGGCCCGGAGGUCAGAGGCGGAGCUUCAUGCUCUGACUUGGGAGCAAAUGAAAGUGAUGGUGCGCAACAAGUUCCUUCCCCAGAGUUUUUGGGAUAGGAUGGAGCAUGAGUUCUACCACUUGCAGCAGGGCAGCUCCACAGUGGACGAGUAUAUCCGUACCUUCACCCGCAUGUGCCUUUUUGUGGGCGACGCAGUGAAUACCGAUGCUAAGAAGGCCCGCAAGUUUCUCAAGGGGCUCAAUCAGAGGAUCCGUGAACUGGUGGGGAGUCACGGACUGAUGUCUUUCGCAGAUACUGUUAGUCGAGCUCAGGAGGUAGAGAUCUGUCUCAUUCCGAUAGCCCCAGUCCCUUCAUAUUAUCAUGCCUCCCAGCCUUCUCAGACCGUUGUUCAGUAUGCUCAGCCCAUCUCAUCUGUGCCGCCUGGCUCUAGCUCGGGCAAGAGGAAGUCCGAGUAUCAGAAUAAGAAGAAGGGAAAGAAAGGAAACUUCGGCAGACGUGACGACCAACCCACUCAGGGUCAGCAGCCGAGGUGCCCUAAAUGUGGCAGGUUCCACACCGGAGAGUGCUUAGCAGACCAGCGAGCUUGUUACAACUGCAACCGUCCAGGUCACUAUGCCAGU